GAGAGAGCGUUCUUGUUUUUUUGUGUGUGGAGGUUCUUUUCUUUGGGACUUUCCUUCAAAUUCCCUUCUUUAUUUACCUUGUAACCCCAAUCAACCACAAGUCCACAACCAAACCCUUUCUUUUCCCCUCUUUUUUUGAAUUUUUUUUCUUCCAUUUUCCAUCUCUCCACGGAAAAUCUUGAAAUUCCAUUUCCAUUUCAAUUUCAUUUCCCCUCUCGAUAGUUUCAUCUGAAGGUUCGAUAACUGUUGCGAGAAAAAAAAAAGAAAUGGCGGAAGAACACAGAUGCCAAGCUCAGCGCCUCUGCGCCAACAAUUGCGGUUUCUUUGGCAGCACCGCCACGCAGAACCUUUGUUCGAAGUGCUACGGCGAUUUGCAGCUCAACGAACAACAAUCUUCCUCCGCCAAGCUCGUCCUCAAUCAAUCGCUAGCCUCUCCUCGUUCUCCGGCGGUGGUUUCUCAGCCGUCUUCUUCGUCGCCUUCUGAGGAUGUGGUUGAUCCGCCGCCACGCGCUGCGGAGGAGGCGAAGCCUCCUUCGCAGCACCAGCAGAACCGGUGCAUGACGUGCCGGCGGCGCGUGGGACUCACGGGAUUCAAGUGCCGGUGCGGGUUGACGCUUUGCGGGACCCACCGUUACCCGGAGCAGCACGGUUGCGAGUUCGACUUCAAGGGGCUUGGGAGGGAGCAGAUCGCGAAGGCGAAUCCGGUGGUGAAGGCUGAGAAGCUCGAGAAGAUCUGAGAAAACGAAGGAAGGGUGUUAUGGUCAUUUCGCGUUUGAGGUUGUUGUUGCCAAUAUUUACCAAAGAAAAUUAUUCGGAUGCAGUUCCGGGUCGGACACUUGGCCCGUUGCGUGUGUGUUACCUUCGGAUCGGUGGGUGGUGAUGGUUGGGUGGGGU